AUGCCCACCAGCAGUCCCCACAACCAAUUUGUGCGCCGCAAUCCUCUUCUCCAACCGACACGCCAACAGCCCUCCGAGAAAACCACCACCAUGGGCAUCGAUCUAGACCACAGACGGCCAACCCAUCACCGCAAGGCGCCCAAGUCCGACAAUGUCUACCUUAAGCUACUCGUAAAGCUUUAUCGCUUCUUGUCUCGCCGCACCGAUUCGGCAUUCAACAAGACUGUCCUUCGCCGCCUAUUCAUGUCCAAGAUCAAUCGCCCUCCCAUAUCGAUUUCCCGAAUGCUGCCAACCCCCAUGCUCCUAAACAGGAUAAAACUGUUGUUCACUGCAACUGUCCGUGCUAGAAUCGAGGCCGCAGGUGGUGAGUGCAUUACACUUGACCAGCUUGCGUUGAGGGCGCCAACUGGGAGCAACACCCUUCUCCUGAGAGGCCCCAAGAAUGCUCGUGAGGCUGUCAAGCACUUCGGCAUGGGUCCCCACAAGCACAAGAAGCCGUACAUCGAAUCAAAGGGAAGGAAAUUCGAACGUGCUCGUGGAAGACGUCGGAGCCGUGGUUUCAAGGUUUAACCAGGCAUGGGGGAUUUUCAAUAUCUUUGUUUCUUUCUCUUUUUUUCUCACGAACUCAAAAGCAAAAAACACUUGGUGUAUCAUCUGGGGCUCUGGAUUGGGGAAGUAUUUCACAAAAAAAUGGAAUAAAUAUCCUUUCUGGAUGUGGCUAUCUUUUCUUCUCCCGCCUUUUUAUAAAUCGAGAGCCGGCAAUUGGAGAUGGGAUUGAUUUGGUAUUUCGUGGGAUCGGCGGGAUGAUUGCUCAUUCCGGGGUAAAACGGCGGGCAGGUGUAAUCCUUGAAAUAAAUGCUUAUUCUGCUCGUA